AUUUUUGUUCCCAAAUGAUCUGUGUACUCUGUGACUUGGCAUUAGCUGAAAAUCAAUGGCGGUGAUCUCCUUAACAUCCAUUCAACCCGCCGCCGCGGCGCAGCCGCCGACUACUUCCGCCGCCGCCUCCCGCGGCUCGCUCCUACCCUUCUACAAUUGCCGGAGGAACUUGUAUUUCACUUUUUCCCCGCCGCACGACCGCCGCCAUCGCCGCCGCCUCCGGAUCCACGCAAUCGACGCCGCGCAACCUUACGAUUACGAGGCAUUCCUCGUCAGCCGCUUCAAUCAGUCGUCGAAGCUCAAAAUCGCCAUCGUCGGGUUCGGAAACUUCGGUCAGUUCCUGGCGAAGGCGUUCGUUCGGCAAGGACACACCGUCUACGCGCAUUCGCGAUCUAAUUACGUCUCUAUUGCGCAAUCCAUUGGCGUCGCGUUCUUCUCCGAUCUCCACGACCUGUGCGAGCACCAUCCCGAUGUCAUCGUCAUGUGCACUUCCAUCAUUUCUACCGAAUCCGUGCUCAGAUCCUUGCCUCUCCAGCGCCUCAGGCGGAACACUCUGUUCGUCGAUGUAUUGUCGGUAAAGGAAUUCCCCAAAAACAUAUUCCUCCAGAACCUUCCCAGCCAUUUCGAUAUCCUCUGCACUCAUCCAAUGUUCGGUCCGGAGAGCGGUAAACACAGCUGGCAGAAUUUGCCAUUCGUGUUCGAUAAAGUGCGAAUUGGGAACGAGGAAUCGAGGUUAGUUAGGGUUGACAAUUUCCUCGAUAUUUUCAAAAAGGAAGGCUGCGAAAUGGUGGAGAUGACAUGCGCAGAGCACGAUAGGUACGCUGCAGGAUCUCAAUUCAUAACGCACACCAUGGGACGGAUUCUGGAGAAAUUGCAGCUGGAGAGCACUCCGAUCAACACAAAGGGUUACGAAACUUUACUGAAUUUGGUGGAGAACACAGGUAGUGAUAGUUUUGAUUUAUACUAUGGUCUGUUCAUGUACAAUGAGAACGCCAUGGAAGAGCUGGAGAGGUUGGAUUUAGCAUUCGAGGCAUUGAAGAAAGAGCUAUUUGGACACUUACAUGAGGUUUUGAGGAAGCAGUUGUUUGGAAAGGCAGAGGAAGGAGGUUUUCGAAGGCCGAAGCUGGCUAAGCUACCCAAGAACGGGACACCAUUGUUGCCAUCACAAGCUGAGGCUUACAACACCCAGAACAACAACUAGGAUGGUUGGUUUCCAUCGAUUAGGUAUGGCUGCCACGAAUUAUCCACUUGAGUGGAUUAGAUUCUUUUAGUGAAAUUAUCUGCUUGAGUUGGUGACAUCGAUAUUGCUUGUAUCUGUGUGGGAUAACAAAGAAUCUGUAGAUUUAUCAAAAUCUCAUUGCCUGCUGUCCAUAGAUCAAAAUGGUUGGAUUCAUAGUAUGUGGGGAAGAACUAUAUGUUAUGCUCUUCUAUGUUUACAUCAAUGAAUAUUAGUUUGAUUCA